GGGGGUUUCUUAUAGGGCAGCACAAGUUUACACAACCAGAACCUAGCUUGUUACAAUUUAAAGUAUCCGAUUAUUCUCGCUGUGUUUGAUUUAUCCUCGAUUGGAAGAUGACCACAGCCGUGGUGUCGCCUUUCUUCGACUUUAGCGAAGUGAUCAACAACAAGAACAAAAUGCUGAACUACAAUAAUAACAUCCUCCGUACUCCACACCCUGUCUCGGUCCCUUGCAUGGGGCCAAGUCUGCCCAUCUCCAAUCCCACUGGGUGCCUGUUGGACAGGAAGGCUGUGGGGACACCCUCAACUGUUGGGGUUUACCAGCGCCGGCACUCUGUCACUUCGGCUAGCACCAAACUCAACCAAAACCAGUUCUUGAACAUUGCCAAGGCAGAUCCAUCCCUGCUCGGCUCAGGGAUGGGAACCACCGGCAACAGCAACAAAGAGAACCGACUUCGAGACCGCUCUUUCUCGGAGACGGGGGAUCGCCUGCUACAGAAGUGUUCGGGCCCUGGAGGCCCCAACAGCCAGGUCAACUCGAGCCGCUACAAGACAGAGUUAUGCAGGCCAUUCGAGGAGAAUGGCGCCUGCAAGUACGGUGACAAGUGCCAGUUUGCCCAUGGCAUUCAUGAGUUGCGCAGCCUAAGCCGCCAUCCUAAGUACAAGACAGAGCUCUGCCGCACAUUCCACACCAUCGGCUUCUGCCCCUACGGCCCACGCUGCCACUUCAUCCACAAUGCAGAAGAGCGCCGUGGACCUCCUCCAACCCCGCCCCCCCUUUCAGCCUCCAAUAAGAUGGAGAGGCCGCGGCUGCAACACAGCUACAGCUUUGCGGGGUUCCCCAGCUCUGGAGGCUUGAGGGACAGCCCCACCUCUGUCACCCCUCCACCUAUAUUUUCCUCAGACGAACUGCCUGAGUGGCCUAGCAGCAACCCUUUUACGUAUUCCAGCCAGGAGCUGGCCAACCUCUUCAGCCCCAGCCUGGGCAAUGCACCUUUAUCCUGCUCCGACCCUUCCACCCAGGCGCCUUCUUCCCCGACAACCCCUUACUACUUCAGGGCCAUGUCAGAGUCUCCCCAACUCUACGAGUCUCCAUCCAGUCAGCCAGACUCGCUUUCUGACCAAGAGGGCUACCAGAGCAGCUCGAGUGGGAGUCUGAGUGGCUCCGAAUCUCCCGUCCUUGACACCACCCGCCGACUGCCCAUCUUCAGCAGGCUUUCCAUCUCUGACGACUAAAGCACACUGAGCCAGACCCCAUUCCCCUUUCCACUGCAUGCAGCAGUCUUGGGCAGAGAGGAUGAGACGCUAGCACUCCCUCUACCUCUCGCCAUUUCUCCGGCACCCUAGAAGCUGUAGACUUCCCUCCUUGUAUCACGUCCGCUCUGAAACCGAUCCAGUGAAUUAAGGGAUCUUUCUCGUUUUGAAUACUCUUUUUAACCAGAACAAGCUAAAACUCUCCUGGCCUCAAGACCCUUCUGUUUUCCGAGCCUCGACUUGCAGAGCCCCUGCUAUGUUCUUGGUGUGACUGUGCCAAACACACAGAGUAGGAAGUGGAUUAGUGAAAUGCUAAUCGUGAGAGGUAUGAGACUGUUGUGCCAGGUGCCACAGCUGCAGUCAAGUGUAGCGGAGCCAGUGGCACGGUUAUGGGAGAGAUCUGUGCCCUUCCCCCCUCACAAAUUACCACUCUUCUCAAGGACACUCUUUCAUAACUAACUAAAGCUCACAAGUGUCAUGCUUAGACCUUUCACAACUGUCUUUGUAGACCGGCUCAAAGCAAAAAGAGGAAAAGAAUAUGGAAAAAAAAGACAAGUGUUGGGGUGAAUGGACCACUGUUUCUUUAACUUUAAUAUUAUUAUUUUUUUCGUUCUUGUGGCCUGAUUAUGUAGCUCUUGUUUUGAGUGUGUGCUCUCCCUCCCUUGAAAUUGCAGAUUACACCAGUCUGCAGGAAGGACUUCUCUCAUAAGGGUUGAAUGAGAAUGGAGCUCUGGAAUAUUUCAGGCACAUUCAAAUGUUCAAUCAGGUGCUACGUGCUCCAUGUCUCGUCUACAGCCAGCACAAACCCCUGAGAUGGGAUGUCUCCACUCGAAAAUUAACAAUUCCUUAAUUCUUGUUGUUGUUGAUGUUGUUAGUGCCCCUUUUUCCCAUCAGUUGCUGGUUACUUCAAGUUUGUUGGGAAGGGAAUCUUGUUAUUAAACCUUGAAGACAAACUCUUUCUUCUGUCCCACCUCAAAACGGGCCAAUCAGCAAACAGAGGGAGAAUUCCAUCAUUCCCAAGGUGCAGUUCAACCUCUUCCUGCAGCUUCACUUUAGUUCUUCAUGCAAGCACGCUUUUUUUUCCAUAGAUUCUGCUCAGAGGAGCACUUCGUAAUUUCGUCAUGUUUCCACCUAUUGGUUUUGAUUUUUAUUAUGGUCAUUGUUUAUUAUUAUUAUUAUUAUUAUGGUUCUAUUAUUGUUAUUGUUUAAAAACCUUUCAGAACAGAAGGGUUUGCUUGUCACUGCUUAUUUAACUUAUCAAAAACAUAUUUAUUGGUGAUCAUAUGCAUUUUUUUGUUAAUUUUGUUUGUAUUUAUCUUGAUAAUGAAACGAUAGAAUAUAUUUUCUUUUAUGUUAAAUUAUGAUCUUCUGUAUUAAUCUUAAGAUUGUGAAGACUUGUCAGCUUUCUUUUUUCACAGUUUAAUAUAUUGUACUACAAUGACUUUUUGUUGGCAACUACACUUAAAUGAAACUUAAUUUAAAGCAAAAACAAAAAAAUCCUCUGCAUUUUGAUUUAUUUAUUGUAGAUUUAUUGUCAUUCCCUUUUCACAAAUAUUUGACUGCAAAAUCAGUACUACCAUACAAUCAUUCCUAGAUAAUAAUCUCACAGGAGUGUCAGCCUUUUUUUUUUCCUUUUUUUUUUGAGGUGUGCUUAGGCCCCACUUGUAGCAAUUUAUAUGGCAGUUAAAAAUCUUGUUUUUUUAAGCAUCACACAGUGAAUAUUUGUUGUGAAAAACAGACUUGGAUUACCAAUCCAGUUUACUGAAUGCCUGAGCCUGGUGAUAGAUUUGAUCUAUGGAACAAAUUAUCAAUUUUUUUUUUUUUUUAAAGAUAAAAACAAGUUGAUCCAAGAUGCAGAAGUUUAGUGGCCUUAAAACACAUGCACCACAUUUUAAAUACCACCAUGAAGUGCUUUUUUUGUUUCGAAUGUUCGUUACAAAGGUUUAGUGAUGUUGCAAGUAAUAAACCUCCAGUGUUAAAGCAGUUUAUGGUGGUGGACAUGAUGAAAGGCAGGUGGUAAUUGUGACCUAAUGGGUUUGAGUUCUGCUGUCCUUAGACAUUUGGAGCUUUUGGCUUAUAUGUAAAGUGCCUCUUUUACACAUUCCAUGAACAAGCGUUCUUUGCCUUAAAUAAAACUGGGAUGCUAUUUUUUUUAUGACUUAUUGCUUGUAUCCUCAGUGGUUUAAGCAAUGAUUGUCCAAGUUGGUUAA